AGAGCACACUCAAUUGCUGAAAAUAACUAUGAACUUCCUGUUUUUCCUUUUCCUCCUGGGAGCUUGUUUCUUAGGACUAACGAAUGCUAGUACCCUCUCGCCAGAAGAAUCGCGUCGCUUCAUUGAAUGUAUGAAGAAGUGCAAAGGUGACAAAUGGACAUGCGAAGAAAAUUGUUCCCCUGUGUAUCAAUGCAUGAAGAAGUGCAAAGGUGACAGAGAGACAUGCUUAAAAAAGUGUGAGCAUGCCCAGUAGGAGGAUCCAUUCUGUAUGAAACGAGCACUUUUCCUCAUUGCCUGUUUCUUCUUGUUAUAAGAUGAAAUAAAGCAUUGUGCAGCG